GCUAGGCUAGCUGCUAGCGUCUACGGCAACAAGACGAAACAACACCGCUGUACUAAAGCGCUCCUGUUACACGAAGGGGGGGACACACGUCGGCAGUGGCAGUUUUGAUUUUGAUAAGUGGAGUUAGCUUCUAGGCUAGAUAUCGGAGAGCAUUGAGCUGUCGACAAGCUAAAACCUGUUGUUUUGUUGACGUUUAGACAUUUAAAGGAGCUGUUAGCCUGCCAGCUAGCCUGCGCCUUAGCUAACGCUCACAACCCGAGGCAGAGGAAAAAGUCCACAAAGACAUUUUUUUUACCGCAGGAUCACCACCCAGCUGUGACACAAUGACAUCAAGGAAGAAAGUACUACUUAAAGUCAUCAUCCUCGGAGACUCUGGAGUUGGGAAGACCUCAUUGAUGAACCAGUAUGUGAAUAAGAAGUUCAGUAACCAGUACAAAGCCACAAUAGGUGCUGAUUUCUUAACGAAAGAAGUCAUGGUGGAUGACAGACUUGUCACAAUGCAGAUUUGGGACACAGCAGGUCAGGAGAGGUUCCAGUCUUUAGGCGUUGCGUUCUACCGGGGAGCAGACUGCUGCGUCCUGGUGUUUGACGUGACAGCACCCAACACCUUCAAGACUCUAGACAGCUGGAGGGACGAGUUCUUGAUCCAGGCCAGCCCUCGAGAUCCGGAGAAUUUCCCCUUUGUGGUGCUGGGCAACAAGAUCGACCUGGAGAACAGACAGGUAACAACCAAGCGAGCACAGGCUUGGUGCCAGAGCAAGAACAACAUCCCCUAUUUUGAAACCAGCGCCAAGGAGGCGAUCAAUGUGGAGCAGGCCUUCCAGACUAUUGCACGCAACGCUCUUAAACAGGAGACCGAAGUGGAGUUGUACAACGAGUUCCCCGAGCCGAUAAAGCUAGACAGGAACGAGCGAGCCAAGCCGUCAGCGGAGACCUGCAGCUGCUGAGGAACUCUGAAGAUCUUCAGGGGGGUCGUCAUUGCCCUCAUCACCCUGUCUUGCCUUGUCAUUAUAUCCCCUUCCCCAUGGCCCACUGUGUUAAUCCCUAAUGCCCAACAUACAAGCAGCAUCCCACUCAUAGAGUAUACUACUACUACACACAAACAUGCUGCACCCACCUCCUUAUGUAUACAAAACACACAUUUUCUAUAAAAGAAGUCUCCUAGCCCAAAGAACACCUUAAGGAAACAUUAUGGCAUUUACUUGUAUGAUGCUCAUUACUUCUCAGUGUUUCCCCUCGUAUUCUUUCAUGGUGGCAGCGGUUUGGGCUAACCUCAUUUUCGGUUGCAUAUGUAUCACUGCUCUCACACCCAUUGUUUGGUUCUCAGUGCUUUUACUUUGGGAUAUUUAAAGUGGUAAAUCAAAACAUUAUCUCUAUACAUGUAUGUGUUUAUGAGUACAUUUAAACAACCCGUUUUGGUUUUUUUUGUUUCUUUUUUUUUUUAAAUCAAAGUUUCUUUAGCAGUGGGUGGUUUUCUUACUUUCACGGCCCUCCACUGCUGCAUGAAUAGAGGAAACACUGCUCCCCUCAUUUUACUCAUUUGUGUUGUGGCUUAAAUUAGUUUUACACUCAGAAACACUUGUUACCAUGGUUUCACUUUACCUCGUGCAACCUUAGAAAAAACAAACAAACUGAUACUCAUCGGGGAUUGAGAGCUGAUGUCCUGAAGGAUCAGAAUGUGUGAAGGUGCAUGUGAAGAUCACAUUACGAUGCUGCCGGCUGAUUCUCAUUAAUUAGUCAAGUAGAAAAUCAUGUUAAAUGACAAGACCAUCAUUCAAUUGUGUACAGGUUGUUUUUUGGGUUUUUUUUGCACUUUGCUGUCAUUUACAAUAACUGAAGAUUUGCUCAGACAGCUCAUUUUAGAGCCACAAUAAAUGCAGUUGUAGCUCAGGUUGAGGACGUAGUGUGAAUCCAGACUUCAUGUAAGUGCUGUCCCUAAUAAUGCUACCUGCUGUUGCUCUUAUUGGGGAAAUGAAGGUUUGUCUUGUAAUCAACUAUCCUUGGUACAACAUUUGACGUGGGAAUGAACCAAAUCAAGACAGCGUGUCAUUCUACCUGACAGUCCUGGAGAGUAUAAAUAUCAUUCAUUACUAAAUACUAUUAGCUAGUACAUUUCUUCUUUUUACUGUCAACUAUUGCAAGACUUUGUAUAUUUGCAAGCCUCUCAAUCAUUUUGUGGGGAAGGCAAAAGUUGUGUUGUAAAUCUCCAUAUCUGACUGCCAGUUGUUCGUGUUGGCAAACAAUUUAAGUGCUUGACAUUUCUUUUAACCGAUCAGAUCUUUAACUGUCUGUUCGUAUUAUGUUAAAACUUUGAAAUGCAUUAUAGAUUACAAGAUAGCUUACAUACUGUAACUUUGAAAGAAGAAAAAAAAUGUGGGGGGAGUAUUGGCAUUCAUCAUUAUUAUAUUAUUAAUAUGAUAAAUGCAUAGCAUCUACAUUGUUUCAAAAUGUCUUUGCGUUUCAAGUAAUAAGGGUAAUAAAAAUCUUGAAUAAAUCA